UCCAGUAUCUCCAAGGCUCCAAGUCGAACCUGUCGUCGCUUCUGCCUCUGAAUUCUCCUCCCAGUUCACGAGCUGGCUGCCGCUCUGGCUGACCCAAACGAGUUGUUUCUGCCUUGUGAGGGGCAAAACAAUCUCACAAUGUCUUCACCUGCGCCGCUGCUCAAACCCCCCGUCCCUCGUGCCCGCAACAACUCAGGAUCGCGAACUCCUCGCCUCACACUGGGAAUCCCGCCUUCGCCCAAUGCCAGACCAGUGAAUCCAGAGGGAAAUGCCGCCCUGCCCGAACUCCCCAAGCUGCAACGGCCCUCGAGCCGGCCAGCCCCGCCCCAGCUCAGACUGGCUACUCCCAUGGGAUCCCAGCAGAUGCCACAGGAGGGAGGCUCGUUACGUCCCAGUGAUCCAAAUGGCCACUCGAGAAAUGGGAGCGCUACGAAUACAGAGGGCAAGGGAAGCGGUCCAGCGUCGGCAUCGUCGUCGACAUACUCCGCUUUGUCGUUCGCUAUGCUCCGGCAACCCCACGGUGGCACCCCGGAUCCAUCCUCAGCAAUCAGUUCGGUGUACUCGGAUCGAGAUGGCGGUGUGUCGAUGGAACGGGAAAACAGCGUGAACGGUCUUUUGCCCGAUCUGGAUAAGCUGAGUUUGGAGAAGGGCCGGCCGCUCGAUGUCGAGGAUCUGGAUGACGAAGGCUGGCUAGCUGCCAGUGAGCAGAAGAAAAUCAUCGAACUGGGUAGUCUGGGAGAAGGUGCUGGGGGUGCCGUGACGAGGUGCAUGUUGAAGGGCGGCAAGACCGUCUUCGCAUUGAAGAUCAUCACCACGGACCCGAAUCCCGAUGUGAAAAAGCAGAUUGUGAGAGAGCUCAAUUUCAACAAGGACUGCGCGUCGGAACACAUCUGUCGCUACUACGGAGCGUUCAUGGAUAAAUCGACUAGUACGAUCUCUAUCGUGAUGGAGUUCUGCGAGGGAGGUAGUCUAGACAGUAUCUACAAGGAGGUGAAGAAACUAGGAGGACGGACAGGCGAAAAGGUCUUGGGCAAGGUUGCAGAAGGCGUCUUGAACGGCUUGACGUAUCUCCACAGCCGGAAGAUUAUUCACAGAGAUAUCAAACCAUCGAAUAUCCUGCUGUGCAGAAAUGGUCAGGUUAAGCUCUGUGAUUUCGGUGUUAGCGGAGAGUUCGGCACCAAGGGAGACGCAAACACGUUCAUUGGAACUUCGUAUUAUAUGGCCCCGGAGCGGAUUACUGGUCAAUCAUAUACCAUUACUUCGGAUGUCUGGUCGCUCGGUGUGACACUGCUGGAAGUCGCUCAGCACCGCUUCCCGUUCCCUGCGGACGGCACAGAGAUGCAGCCACGCGCGGGACUGAUUGACCUGCUCACCUAUAUUGUCCGCCAGCCUAUUCCGAAACUCAAGGAUGAGCCGGAUCACGGAAUCCACUGGUCUGAUAAUUUCAAGUACUUUAUCGAAUGCUGCCUUGAGAAAGAGCCGUCCCGAAGAGCCACUCCUUGGCGGAUGCUGGAACAUCCGUGGAUGGUGGAUAUGAAGAACAAGAAAGUGAAUAUGGCCCAAUUCGUGAAGCAAGUGUGGGACUGGAAAGAUUAGAGCAUUCCAGGGUCACACUUGCUUCCUACCAGUCACUUCUCCACGCACCAGUCUCCGACUAUUAAUCACACCUUGCCUCAAUUCUUCUCGACUUUAAGAGUGGCUGGCCCUCUCGCCGUUUCGACCUGGCUGUCACACGACCG